UCCAGCUAUGCAAGAGCUACAGCCGCUCCAAGCUCCAGUUCUUCGUUCGCGUUUACACCUGCUCAACAUCAACAAGUUCAAUUUCUUCAGCAACAGCAACAAGCACAACAACAGUUUCAGCAACAACAGCAAAAUCAACAACAACAGCAACAACAGCAACAACAACAGCAGUUUCCGCAGCAGCAGAUUUCUUUUACUAGACCUGAUUAAGGACAGAGUCUAGGUGAACUUAGGAGCUAGAAUUACUC